GAGUUCUAGCUGAAGAUUGCCUCAAAAUUACAAGGUGUAUACGCGGGACAGAUGACGAUAGAACAUAAUCAUGUCAUUUAUAGGAAAGGCGUGGCAGCAUGUGAAACAUUGGUGGAAUGGGAUAGAUGGAAAACAUGGUGUUUGUAUAGACCAAUAUCCAAAAGAAAAGGUUCUUAUCGGAAUAGGAGGAAGUACCAAAUUAUCAGCUAACGUGACGACCUCGUCUCCGGAAUCGUUCAUAAAAUGGCACAAGGUGGAAGGUAACAAAUCAAUCAACCUCCGAACAGAUUCUAUCAAAUAUUCCGGAAGUUCUUGUUCUAUGCCGAUACCAGAACUGGUUAUACACGAUGUAGACAAAGCAGACGACGGUGUUUACCAUUUAUCUGUUACUACAGUCACUGGAACUGUUACCGGGCCAAAAGUUCUUCUGAAUGUUUUUGGUGAUCCAGUUAUUUCAUUGCCGAAAGAGGAACGCAACUUUCUUCGAUACUAUCUCCUUUGUCAGACAAUAGCCACUGAAUCAGUUCGAUUGUAUUUCACGAGAAAAGUUCCGGAACCAACACUGUCAACGCAUUUGAAUACUCACAAGAGCAAUCUACAAUUUAGUUACUGGAAAUGUACGAAUGACCAGUUAACUAUCCUGUUUCCAGGUAGCUAUAAAUUUGUCAGAUUUUAA